GUAGGGGCUGGCGCCUGGGGGCGGGGGACUGGAGAGGCAAGAAGGGGGGUCGCUGCGGUGGUUCCCUCGCAGUCGCGCUCUCCUUGCUUUUCUCCCAGCUCGGUGGGCUUCCCCCGGCGUCUCACUCGCCUCCGGGGCUCCGCUCCCCGCCCCACGCGGUAUGUCUUGAUCCCGAGCAGCGGGUUUCAUGGGGCUCCUUAGGAUUAUGAUGCCGCCGAAGUUGCAGCUGCUGGCGGUGGUGGCCUUCGCAGUGGCGAUGCUCUUCUUGGAGAACCAGAUCCAGAAACUGGAGGAGUCCCGAUCGAAGCUAGAAAGGGCUAUUGCAAGACAUGAAGUUCGAGAAAUUGAGCAGCGCCACACAAUGGAUGGCCCCCGGCAAGAGGCAGCGCUGGAUGAGGAAGAGGAUAUGGUGAUCAUUUAUAACAGAGUCCCCAAAACUGCAAGCACUUCUUUUACCAACAUUGCCUAUGACCUGUGUGCAAAGAAUAAAUACCAUGUUCUUCACAUCAACACUACUAAAAAUAAUCCAGUAAUGUCACUACAAGACCAGGUACGCUUUGUAAAGAAUAUAACUUCCUGGAAAGAGAUGAAACCAGGGUUUUAUCAUGGACAUGUAUCUUAUUUGGAUUUUGCAAAAUUUGGUGUGAAGAAGAAGCCGAUUUACAUUAAUGUCAUAAGGGACCCUAUUGAGAGGCUAGUUUCUUACUAUUACUUCCUGAGAUUCGGAGAUGAUUAUAGACCAGGGUUAAGGAGACGAAAACAAGGAGACAAGAAGACCUUUGAUGAAUGUGUAGCUGAGGGCGGCUCAGACUGUGCUCCGGAGAAGCUCUGGCUUCAAAUCCCAUUCUUCUGUGGCCACAGCUCGGAAUGCUGGAAUGUGGGAAGCAGGUGGGCCAUGGAUCAAGCCAAGUAUAACCUGAUUAAUGAGUACUUUCUGGUGGGAGUUACUGAAGAGCUUGAAGAUUUCAUCAUGUUGCUGGAGGCGGCUCUGCCCCGGUUCUUCAGGGGCGCUACGGAACUCUAUCGUACAGGAAAGAAAUCUCAUCUUAGAAAAACCACGGAGAAGAAGCUCCCCACUAAACAAACCAUUGCAAAGCUGCAGCAAUCUGACAUAUGGAAAAUGGAGAAUGAGUUCUAUGAGUUUGCCUUGGAGCAGUUCCAGUUCAUCCGAGCCCACGCCGUACGAGAAAAAGACGGAGACCUCUACAUCCUCGCACAGAACUUUUUCUAUGAGAAGAUUUACCCUAAAUCGAACUGAGUAUGGGUUGUGACUGUUAGAUUCUUGAACUGAAACCUUGACUCUGUCUUCACCUUAGCUCUCAGCUCCACAGCUCGGUUGCUGACAGGUGUGUGAGAGAAUUCGUAUUGAGCCAGGUUAGGAAACGGACACACCGAGGAAGUGGAUUCUGGCUGGUGAGUUUCAGUGGCCUAAGAAGUUUAAGUUUCAGCCUUUCUUCCUUUCUUCCUUUCUUUCCUUUCUUUCCUUUCUUCUCUUUUCUUUCUUUUCUUUUUUUCUUUCUUUCUUUCUUUUCUCCCCCUGGUUAAAUUUUCAUGGGAGUUUUAACCUCCUGCCUGGAAAAAGCCUACACAUCACCUAAAAAUAAACACAUAGGUCUAAUCAGAGCAUCUAAUCCGAUGCUCUCUUUCUGAUAAAACAUUUUUUUUUUUCAACUAACAAUGAAUGAAGAUGAAUCCAUUUGCUACUUCCACCUUCACCUGGAGGUUCAAGAUACACACCUCUACUGAAUAGUGUUAUUAACUGUUGGGCAGUGUGUGCUUUGUUUCUGUGAAUCCUGUCUCAUGGAAUUUAUUGGAAUGUUUGAUCCUGUUUGCUAAGAAUGUCUCUGCUGUAGUUGGAAUUGCCCAUACUUAUGUAGGUCAUUUUAAUAUUCUUAAAAAAAAAAAAAAGAUCAUUAGUGUUAAAAACCAGUUUUAAAAGAAUCAAAGCAGUAUUUCUCAUUCCUGUCUCCCCAGUAUUUCUCAUGUGGGGAGACACUUCAAAGGCUUCCACACAUUACUAUCAAAAAAGUAAGCUUAGUAUUUGUUCCCCCGUGGGUUAUUGUAAAGUAGUAAAUUGACAUUGGGGACUCCAUAUUACAACUCCGUUAGUGAGCUGUGGGAUGGGUAGGACUUUCCUACUUCUUCUGUACUUUUACUUGUGGACUAUUUUUACUAAGGUGCUUUAUAAGGUGUUUUAAAGCAUUGCAUUUACAAAAAAGAAAGGAAAUGCUGUAAAUAUUGCAUAUUUUAUGUUUUUGGACCAAAAGGUUAUAAGUAAUUAGAUAAAAGUGGUUUUGCACCAGUUUUAUUAUGUCAAGUAAAAUCAUCAGACCUACUGUUCUUGUAGUUCUCAUUUAAUUUUACUAUUAAGACGUCACUGAAAUGAACUUCAGUACCUUUCAAUUUUGAUACACAGUACGUUAUUCAUAAUUGGAGCAGUAGUUUUAGUGAGAAGAGUACUGGACAGGGAGUCAAAAUUUGAUUUCUGGUCCUGGCUCUGCUCCUUAUCAGCUGUGUGAUCUUGGGCAAGUCACUUAACCUCUCUUUGCCUCAAUGUCCUAAUCUUGAAAUGAGGAUAUUAAUACCUGCUGUACCUACCUCACAGGGGUGUUGUGAGGAUUACCUGAGAUGGCAUGGGAAAGCACUUUGGAAACUGUCACGCGCUAUAUAAACACAAGGUAUUACGGACACAUCAUUAAUGUAUGGUUUCGUACCAUUCAUUUUUUAACAAAGAAAGGGAAAAGUUCACUUAUAAGCUGGUUGGGGAAAAAGUGAAUCUUGAUAGAAAUUUGUGUUUAAUAAAUAUCUUCUCUGUUUUAUCAUCCCUGUUUCAACAACUAUGGAAAUAUGAAACACCUGUGAACUCUUAAGAUUCAUGAACAGCUGCUUGAGUUCAGGAGGCUCCCUAUUUGAAAAAGACUGCGUUAGCUGACUCAGGGCAGGGUAACAUUUGCUCUUCAAAUUUGGGAGAUUUGUCUGUUUUUAUUUUCCAUUACCAUUCAGAAAUGGUAGCUCUUUUUUUUUUACCUCUGGUUGUUAAGGUAUAUUUUGCAGAGUUUAAUUUCCCUGUACAUUCUUUGCCAUCUUCCCCUUCUUAGAGUAACCAAGAUAAAGAUUUUUAGAAACGUUUUCUAAAAGAAUAAUCUUUACUAUGUUUAGUUUAAGUAAAUACUAUGCCUGAACAAGUCCUCACAAACCAGGCAGACGUUUCAGGCAGACUACUUUAACGGUGAUUAGUUGUAUGGGAGGUGAGGGGAGAUCACCACUUAUCAAAAAACAUGAACAGAUUUAAAGAAAAGCUAAAGGAAGUGGUGGAAAGAAUCAGUUUAGCACUGUUCCCUCCCACCACCAGUAAUAGAAUAUUUAGAGAAGGUCAACAGGCGUACUUUUCUUACUUGGCUCUCUUUCUUUUUUGUGUAUUUAUUAACUUUUACAGAUAUUUGUUGAAAAUCUUUACAAAUUAUUCUCUUGCCCAAAAGGAAAGCACCACUUCAGGUGAGGUGUUUGACAUUUGUUCUGCUAAGGAACCCCCAGGUUAUUCUUGGAGUACAUGCUAAAAUUUUCUUGAGGUGCGUUAACUCUUAGGAGUAGUAUGCAGUGCCCUCCACCAUAGGUUCAGUCAGCUUUUCCUUUAAAGGUCUAGAGAGUAAAUAUUUCAGGCUUUGCAGUCUGUACAGUCCCUGUCAGAACUACUCAACUCUUGUCAUGUCAGCACAAAAGCAAUGACAGACAACACAUAAAUCAGUGUCAAUGGCUGUGUUCCAAUAAAACUUUAUUACAAAAGCAGGUGACAUGCCAGAUAGGGACUAUGGGUUAUAGUUUACCAACCCUGAAUCGAUCAUUAUUUAUGGAAAAGUCAUUUUUAAAUCUGUAUUCUAGUGACUUAAAAGGGUUUAUAUACUUCCAAAAGCUCCUAACUUCUAUUCAAAGAGUAUCUUUCUCCUUCAGACGGUCUCUCCCGCAGAUUUCAUAAACUUUUAUGACUUAAGAUUGCUUCCAGGUGAGCAUGUUUUCUUUUCCAGUUUAACAGUUCAGAAUAGAGGGGUUUAUUCUAUCAUAUUGCAGGAUGGGUUAGAUACAAGUCCGUUUGGUCCAAUACAGUCCUAGGAGUCUGACAAGCACAGAGUCCUCGUAAUACCCAACUUUAUAAUAAAAAAGAACCACUGAGACAAUAAUGUAUUUUUUAAAAGUGGCAAAUGUGGUUUUCUUUUUUCAGCCUUUGCGCUUUUCAGUAUUUUGACCAUAGGGAAUUUUUUUUUAUAUAAUACAAAAGCAGAUUAACCACUCUGAAUUUUAAAAGAUGAUGUUAUGUGUGUGUAUGUGUGUGUGCGUAUAUAUUAUACAUCUGUGUUUAUUUCCUAAACGAGGAAAAAGUGCUUUUUUUUGGUUCAACUUGUAUCAAUUCCUGUUUUCUAGUUGCUGUGAAAUGGCAACUGUUGAUAAAUUAUUGUGACUGUUUUAAAAUGUAAUGGGGAGGAUAUAUUUUGGGUUUACGGAGCUUUAAUCUGUAAAGUAUCACUUAAAUAUAUCUGAUAGCAACACUUAACAUAUUGCAUGGGGAUUACUUUUCUAUCAUCCAGACCCAUUUGUGCAACUUUGAACAUACUGGGUGCUUCUGAAUUCUUGAUGAUUGGGUUUCAAUUGUUGAAAAUCAGAGAACUUAAACUUACUGACUUUUAAAUGUUAAAUUUUAUUUUCUAGUCUUAAAAUUCAGUUAAUGCCUAUAAUUUGAAAUCUGUUGUUGCUCUUUCUCGAUAUAUGUCUAUUGGAAAUUCCUAAAAUUGUUAGUGCCAUCAGUGAUUUACAAACAGUAUUUUGAUAUUACAGAUGAUUUGCUCAUUGUAUUUGCCUAGUUAGAAAGAAAAUAGUUUGUAGACAACAAUUCUCUUUUUCUAAUAAAAUAAAAUAAAAGUUCCUAAAAGCACUAGAGGAUUUAACUAAAGGCUGGUUCCCAAGUGCAUAGCUGGUAUUUUAAUUUAUAUUCAAAUUCUACAUAGAGAACAUCUGUAUAAGCCACCUCCCUGGGUCUUCCCAUCGAUCAUUUCCAAACACACCUACAGUCCUAGAAGCCUUUAUUAGGAGAAGUACCGUACGGAACCGUAACCUUUUAUGAAGUUUGUCCGUAAGAGGCCCAGGCACUUCUACUUUAUGAUUUGAAAUUUUGCCUCUUCAUAAAUUAGUGCUAUUUACUUUGAGAGGGAGCAGGGCGAUUGCUGUGGGAUGUUUGCAUCCAUUCGCCCUCUGCAGAAUCGCUGCACCAUGCCAACCAAACUGCUACUCGGGCAGCCUUUUGAGGGAGAAACAUCCCUGUUUCAAAUGCACUGCCAAUUCAGCUCCCCUGGAGUGGAGCUUACUUUCUGGUUUCCUGCAGCGGGAAUUUUAGAGAUUGUAGUGGGUGAUCAGUUAGUCAGAUUCAUCCUAUAAUUUAAGUUCGUGCAGCUUUGUGACCUUUGCAGUACUAUUUAUAGAAGGACACUGAUGGUGAUGAUCUCUUUAAAACACAUUUCUGGUGAGCCUAUGAUUUAGACCCACUGAUGCUGUUGAUCUGCUUUUUUGGACAGCUUCUUCCCUAGCUUUGUGUUGAGAGUCAGGAACUUGAGCAUCUCUAAAGCAUCAUUGAAUGUAAUUUUGAGAAACAUGGAUUGUGUAUUUUGACUUAUUUUAUGAAUGCCACAGACAGCUAAACAGUGCCUUUCUCCCUCACAAUCCAUGCUAGAAGAUGCUCACUCCCUCCUCUGUCUCCGCUUUCUCUCCCCUCUCCCGCCUCCCCCAUUCACUUGAUUCAUUUAUGCAAUACUGUUUCCAACUUGAAACCAUUUUGUCACAUCUGUUGGAGAGAUAAUCACUCCUUUUCCUUAACAUUCUGCCAGCUUUCUGUUGUUGAAAAGUGUUUCAGUUGAUUACCUAAUGCAAAAGCUAUAAAAUAAACACUCAGUGGGAAGGGGAAAAA